CCGCGUUGCCGUGGGGACAGGCCCCGCCCCAACCCGGAAGUGAGUGGGAGGCGGUUCUAAGAUGGCGUCUCCUCCUCAGGGGGGGCCCGAUGGCGAUCGCCAUGCGGCUGCGGAACCAGCUCCAGGCCGUCUACAAGAUGGACCCGCUGCGCAACGAGGAGGAGGUGAAGGUGAAGAUGAAGGAGUUGAACGAGCACAUCGUGUGCUGCCUCUGCGCCGGGUACUUCAUCGACGCCACCACCAUCACCGAGUGUCUGCACACCUUCUGCAAGAGCUGCAUCGUGAAGUACCUGCAGACCAGCAAGUACUGCCCCAUGUGCAACACCAAGAUCCACGAGACCCAGCCGCUGCUCAACCUCAAACUCGACCGCGUCAUGCAGGACGUGGUCUACAAGCUGGUGCCCGGCCUGCAGGAAAGUGAGUGGGGGGAGGGGUGCCGGGCUCCGCUGGGGGGCCGGGGUUGAGGUGGGGCAGCUGUGAGGAGCAGGGGGUGGGAUCCCGUGGUCGACACGAUGGGUUUGCCCUACAGCAGCUUCGACCACUCCCGUGCCCACUACUACCGCUACGACGAGCACGUCUCCCUGUGCCUGGAACGGCAGAGCUCCAGCAAAGAGAAGAACAAGACUAGUUUGCAGCAGAAGUUCGUGCGCUGCUCGGUGCGGGCCCAAGUGCGUCACCUGCGCAGGGUCCUGUGUCACCGCCUGGGGCUGGCGCUGCAGCACGUGAGUGAGCCACACGGGCUGGAGAGGCUCUCAGGACUCCUGGGUGCCCCCGACGAUCCUGACCCAGUCGUUGCUCUGGGUUAUCGCUGA